UCAGGAACAGGGGUUAACCCCGGAAGGCAGUGGCAAGAUGGCGUCCCUGGAUCGGGUGAAGGUACUGGUGUUGGGAGACUCAGGUGUUGGUAAAUCUUCACUAGUUCAUCUUCUGUGCCAAAAUCAAGUGCUGGGAAAUCCAUCAUGGACUGUGGGCUGCUCAGUAGAUGUCAGAGUUCAUGACUACAAAGAAGGAACCCCAGUAGAGAAGACCUACUAUAUAGAAUUAUGGGAUGUUGGAGGUUCUGUGGGCAGUGCCAGCAGUGUGAAAAGCACAAGAGCAGUAUUCUACAACUCUAUAAAUGGUAUUAUUUUAGUACAUGACUUAACAAAUAAGAAGUCAUCCCAAAACUUGUAUCGUUGGUCAUCAGAAGCUCUCAACAAGGAUUUGGUGCCAACUGGAGUCUUGGUAACAAAUGGGGAUUAUGACCAGGAACAGUUUGCUGAAAACCAAAUCCCACUGUUGGUAAUAGGGACUAAACUGGAUCAGAUUCAUGAAACCAAGCGCCAUGAAGUUUUAACUAGGACUGCUUUCCUGGCUGAGGAUUUCAAUGCAGAAGAGAUUAAUUUGGAUUGCACAAAUCCACGGUACUUAGCUGCUGGUUCUUCUAAUGCUGUCAAGCUCAGUAGGUUUUUUGAUAAGGUCAUAGAAAAGAGAUACUUUUUAAGAGACAGUAAUCAGAUUCCAGGCUUUCCUGAUCGAAAGAGGUUUUGGGGAGGAACAUUAAAGGGCCUUCAUUAUGACUGAAUUGUAUGCAUCCUUUGGAAGAGUGAGAAAGCAGUGGCAAUUUUUCACAGCAUUCUUCUUGCUGUGUCAAUUAUUAAUGUCUCAGCCUUUUAAUGAAAUCAUCUUAAAAUGCCACCCUUCACCCUCACCCUUUAAUGGAAAACUAAAAGGAACUGACAGUGCGGGAGGUCUGAACUUUGUCCCCAUUCUCUCUGUUUCUCACCUUUCUGUCCCUGUUUAUAGAUUAUGUAAAAGCCUUAUGGAAAUACGAGAUGUUGUCAAAAUGAUGCAGCAAAUGAGCAGUGACAGAGUGCUGCAGAGAAAAUUUACUCCUGCCUAGAACUGGAGCGUUUUUUUUGGGUCUGUAAUUUUCCCACACGUCUUGCUGAAGGCUUAAUUAAGUACUUUAAAAAUGUAUCUCUAUUGUUUUACCUUCUGGAGGGGAAAGGUUAUGUUAACCAGCCCUGAGUUGUCUACCCCAAACAAUCUUUGUCAUUUUCAAAGAAGCAAAAUCGUGUUAUUUAAUUAUCUCCACCCUCAUCACACACAAGGAUGCCUAAUAAUAGCAACCCUUGUUCCCUCUCCUCUCCUUUGCAAAUGGUUCAGUGGCUGGAAGAGGAGGACUAAUGGCUGGAGUUAAAUAUAAAUAGAUUAAUAAUACAUAGAGAAGAGCGGUACCAGAAAAGAAGAAUUCUGCAAGAAAUUGACAGCUCACUAAAUCCUUCACUGUUUAGGUUAAAGCUGUCCGCACAAUCACUGUUGUCUGUUUGGAAAUGGUUAGGGUGAAAUCUAAGACCUGCACAAAGGCAGUAAGAAAGAUUUGUAGCCUCUUCAGGUUUCCUUGUUUUUUAAAGGAAAAGUUAACUCCUGAAAUGUCUCUUAACUAUAGUCUAUAAACUAAAAAUAUUAUUCUUUGUGUCAAUAAUGUAUUUAUGGAGAGAAGUAAAAAUAAGUUCCAUAGCAACACAUUUACAUGAAUUAUAGAUUAGAAUUCUUGGAUUUCAUAAGCCAGAAUUUUGGGAUGGUGGUGUGUGUAUAUGCAUAAUUGUUUGUUACUUUUUUUACCCAUCUUUUUUGCUUCUUUAAUUCUCUCUGCCCUGGUUGUUGUUAAGUAUAUAAUCCUGGUUUCCAAAAACUGUAAUUUGCUGUCUUAUUCAAAAACACCUUUUUACCCACAUCCUGUCUCUGACUCUGCUGUGGGUCUCUGCACUCCUGAUUUUGCUCUAUAUUAAAAUAUAAUAAUAAUAUUAAA